AUGCUACACUGGCCACCUUCCAAUGGCGACAAGGACGUUCCUUGCGCCAGCAUCCAUACGAAUUUCGACAACAGAACUCUGAAAGAGCUUCGAAAGAUAUUUCCUGGCUUCUCUGACAGCUUCGCGUUCGAUCUGGUUCCUAAACGAUACCCACUGUACGAGAACGGACAAAGAAACGAUAUCGUUAGCAUCUACAAGAACGAACCAGCCUUUCCCGAGUAUCUACGGUAUGCCAAGGUCACUAUAGAGUCGCUCGAGCGGAAAGACGAUACUCCCGCUGUGCUUGUCGCCUUGGGUGCGCCGGUCAAACACUACAUACAAAACACAUUCGGCAAUGUCGUAUUUAUACCACAUCCUGAGAGGUUACGACGUUGGUCUCCUCAGUCUGAGGUCGAUGUUGUUGCCGAGAGGCUAAAGCAAGCCAAGCAAGACUUCUUAGUUGACAUCGACAUAGACGCCUUUCGCUCUAUCUAUAAUCGUACUCGCAAUUCUGAACCGCUUCGUAAGAAGCUAAAGCAGUCCGACGACGACAAUAUUGCUAUUAUUGGCCUUGAAGACGAGCCGCCUUUCGCUUUCGACUCUGCUUUAGCUAUGGCUAAUUACGGCGGUAACGACGACGACGUUUCUCAAUGGCGUAAUGAAAAUUGGUAUAUGUCUUUUAUACUUACUGUACAGUCCGAUUCGUGGUCGAGUGAGGAGUAUCUAAGGAGUAUUCGGAACGACUUCUGGUCUAUACCUAAGAACCGACAAGCACUCAGUGAGCGGUCAAAGGCCUGGCAUGCAAUCGCUGCCAACAAGGCGUACCAUUCAGAGAGAGUAAAAGCAGCUCAUGCCGAACUCAAGGCCGAUCUAGAAAGAUAUGGCGCACUCAAAGCCAAGAGGAAAGAGACGGCGAAUACUCUAGAAGCUCUCGAAAGAUCGAGUCAACACGCCACUGCAAUGUGGGCUCGACCAGACUGGAAAGAAACCCAGUUAGCUACGAAUAAAGCUUUUUCAACAGAGUAUCGUAAGGAGUACUACCAAACACAUCCCGAGGCCGUCGAACAUCGAUCAAUAGUACAGAAGAAGAAAUGGGAGAACCCCGAGUUUAGAGCUCAUAUGACAGGUCCUAGUGGUGCGAUAUCACAGGGUGCGAAACGCCGCGCGGUUGAACAAAAAGCUGAAACCGCGCAAAAGGUAAGGGCAAAUUACGAUGCCAAUCCCAAGCCAGAACAUUUCCAACGUGCGGGUUUCGAGUGCCCUGGCCGAGGUGUUGUAAAAAGACCUGGUGGUGCUGGUGGAUUGGAGGGUCUGGACACAAUCUGUGGUAAGCGUUAUGGUAAUAAGGGAAAAGUCCGUGAGCAUUUCGAAGCCAUUCAUUCGGCGGAGAUCACGGCUGAGGAGAAGCAAUCAAUGGACGACAGCAGAGGCAGGGGGGUUCCACGGCCACUUGCUAAACGACUACGGGAGCAUGUCAUCAAGCGCGAUGAACGGACACAGGGUGAAGUUGAUGAGAUAAUGGCCUUGUUCGAAGAUUGA